AUGCCAGACGCCCCAGUGCUCCUCGCAAGAUACACCCAUGCCUUCGAUUUCGAGUCCACGUUCAACAACUUUGCGCCCGCUUCAGAUGAAGCAAUCCUGGUGGACUGCAUCUGGCGAGAGGACUCUCCUUUGAACAUCAACAGCACAACCAGUCCGAAUGACCCCAAAACGAAAAAGGCAGACAUCCCGAGGGUCCAUUGUAUCCAAACAGCAGUGACCCGUGGAGUGAUGAAAUAG